UCAGAGGCAGAGGGAGAACCAGACAGCUCAGGGCAGCCCUGGGCUCUGCCGCUGCCUCCGGCCCCCGGGUCUGGGACAACAGCGCUCUCUGGAUGUGCAUCUGGCAGGAGCUAGAGGCCGGAGGGCAGACCCUGGGAGGGGAUGCGGGGAGGCUCAGAGGUGGCCUCAGAGGUGCUCAGAGAAGGCCGGGCCCUCGGCCGCAUCCUCUAGGGAGAGCGGAGUCGGGCUGAGGAGGAACCCGCGCUGAGCAACUCGGAGCCUGGGCCUCGUCACACGCUCUGCGUCCCUGAGGACUGGGCGAGUCACCUCAACGGCUGGGGACCAUGGGAGGCGGCAGCACAACCCCAAUCCUCAGGGCCCUUCUCUGCCUCGGGCUGUGCUGGCGCCCAUGGGACCAGGUCCAGGCAGGGGUCCUUCCCAAACCCUCCAUCCGGGCUGACCCGGGACCCAUUGUCCCCAAGGGGAGCCCUGUGACCCUCUGGUGUCAGGGGUCCCCGCAGGCUGAGGUCUACCGUCUGUAUAAAGUGGGGGACUCUGGACUCUGGGAGGAUGAAGCUCCCCAGGCCUCCAAUACAGCCCGGUUCCAUUUUGAAUCCUUGAGCUCCCGCCAUGCAGGGCGGUAUCAGUGUGCUUAUCACAGCAGGAACAGCUGGUCCGGGCGGAGUGACCCCCUGGCCCUUGUGGUGACAGGACUGUACGCAGCGCCCUCCCUCUCAGCCCACCCGAGCCCCGUGGUGGCAUCAUGAGGGAACGUGUCCCUCUCCUGUAGCUCACAGUUCCGGUCGGGCAUACUACACCUGCUGAAGGAGAGAGGCGCUGAACCGCCCCAAU